UGUUAAGUGGUUAUACCGGUUCACAAUUUUUUCGCCCCCUGAUAUUUAAUUUUUGUCUUUCAUGUCUCUUGCACAGUUUGUAGAAUUUUGUAAACAUUGAAAAAUGACAAGUGUGAAUAUCUUACGUUGGCACUUUCAAGAAGAUAGUCAUACGAAAUUUCGAAAAAAUAGUCGGUGCUGUUGCUGUUAUUUUGCAGAUAAUUGCUAAAUGUAGUUGUUCGUGGGCAUAUCUAACGCAUAGUCUAGCGUUUAUGAGUAAAAAGUGAAUCAGAAUUUUCCUUUUUUGAAUUUUGAGUGGUGAUGGUUGGCACUUUUGGUAGGCCUGGUGACCGGAAGUGCAUGCGCAAUUAAUUGUCGCCAUUUUGUGGUUAAGUUGUGGCGUCUGAACAGUUUUUGUAGUUUUUCGUGUAUUUUCCCGAAAGAAAAGUCGCAGAAUUCGUUUGAGUCCGUUGUGUGAGUUGAAAAUACCUAGUCAUGGCAAAUAGAAGACUCGGUGGAAUGGGCGGACCUCAAAGAGGCAAUCGCUCGUUUUCUCAACAUCAUCAACCGUUUCAAGGGAACAAUGUUAGCCCUUGGCAGGGAAACAUGCCUUCUAAUAAUUCCUUGAACCCAUCGGGUUUGCUAGGGCAGUUGGCCGCAAAUCCCCAACAACUUGCUCUAGCUUUAAGCAACUUACUGCAGCCCCAACAACAGCAAAUGAACAAUCCACCGUCAUUACUUUCUUUGAAUACGUCUCCUGCUUUUUCUCCUCAUCAAGAUAGCCGCGAUUCAUUUAAUCGGUUUGGUAACAGGGGCCGGUCUGAUUUCAGACGAAACGAGCCUUACAAUAAGAACCGAAGUGGCGGUUGGCGCCAACUGGACUCGAAUAAAAGUUCGGGGAAUAACCGAAACCGAAGUUCUUUUACCCCACGUGAUAACCACAAACGUUCGCCAAAUAAACCGAAAUUUGUCAAAGAUGAUAAUAAACGCAAACCUGAGAAGAAAGAAGAAAAACCAAAAGAUGAAAAAGUUGAUACCAUUGACCUGUCAAGUGAAGAUAUCCGGGAUGAUGAUGGGGCGGAAGAAACUAAACGGGGCUGGAAAGAAGAAAAGAAGACUGAUGAUUCUAAAGAUGAAGAAGACGAACCAGAGGAACAAAAGAAGGAGGAAGAGCCGAGAGAUCUCGAUGGGAAAUAUUACGGCGUGCCGCAGAAACUUUUGCACUGCUUCGUUUGCAAUAAGGAUAUGUGGGAUGGAGAGUCCUUCCAGAAGCACAUCAGAGGUCGUGCCCACAAGCAAAUGUUGGACAGUCUUGAAGAGAGUUUCCACAUCACUGUAAACAUUUUGCGAGAGAAUAUGCGUUUGUCUGAGGAGAAGCGAGUCAUUGAAUUGAAUCGAAUGCAUCGUCUCCUCAAGAAUAAAUUUAUUCGUAAAUUUCAAGAACCGGAGAGUCAUUGCAACAUGUGCGAUUUGAAAUUUUUGGGAAAGAUUAUAACACAUCGCAAGACUGAAGGCCAUCAACGUUUGAAACGUUUCUUGCACCCAAAUUGCGAUAUUUGCGGGAAGGAGUUUCCUUCGCGUAUGGAUUGGGUUGACCAUCGGUUGACACCGGAUCAUUUACGGACACUUAACGAAAUGAUUGAGAACAAAGCUGGGGGUGAAGAUGGUGAUAUUAUUGAAGAAGAGUUAGAAACUGACUUGGAGCCACUUUUGGAAGAGAGUUUGCAAAUGGAGGAGGAAAAUCCCAUUUUGGAAUUAUCCGAUGAAUUAAAUAAUUUGCAAAAUCGCAUGCCGGCCUAUAAAAAGAAUCGUCCGCUUGCAACUCAAAGUUUGAAACCUUUCUCCGGUUUCAUGUGCGAAAUUUGUCACCGAAGUUUUGAAAAUGAAAAUUAUGCUCAAGCACACUUAAGGACUGAAGCACAUUAUUACGCUUUCAUCGACGCGGUGAAGGCUAAGUACAAGAAACAAUCUGAAGAUUCUGCAAAAGAAGCAGAAAAUAAGAAACGUAAACGCGAUGUAGACAAUCAGGAGGCGAGUCAGGAGGAAGCCGCUGAAGACAAUACGGAAAAUUGUAAAGAAGAAAUGUACGAUCCUGAGGAAGCUUGCAAGGACGAGGAUGUGUCAAUGAAAACCGAACCGGAAAAUGAUGUGGAAGUGAAAACAGAGGAAACAGUUCCGGUUGUAGAAGCAGUUAAGGAGGAACCGCCGCAAGUUCCAGCCGUUUCGCCACGUACUACACGUCGAGUUGGUGGUGCGGUAAAAAAUGGUGCCGGUCCAAAAAGCAAGAAGACACGUAAGCAGUAAAAUGUAUUUUUGCGACACAAUUUUAUUCUAGUUUAGUCUAAGGAUUAAUUAUCACUUUGAUCGGUCCAAUUAUUUUCAUAUUCCGGAAAAUAAGCUACUGAUGAGUUACUUUUUCUAGAUUAUAUUGACUUACAUUAAUUGUUUAGGAUACGUAGUUGUAUGUAAUAUUAAGCGAUAGUGCUGUAAUAAAUCCCUAAUGGAA